AUGGAACUUUUGUCCCAUACACUAAGGCACCUGGCAAAAGCGCCCGUGAGUGCAUUGCUUGUCCACAAGGUAGGCAUAUUUUAUAGUAAAACCCAGUCAAACACAGACCAAACAGAUUGUAUUGAUAAUGGCAGGGAUAUCAAAUUCAGAUCUGCAUUCUUGCAUGCUCAAUGGUCAGUGAAUUUCGCGCUGCAGAUUCUCAGCAUUCGAUCAGAUUAAGAGAAAUCGUCUCCGAUGGUUUUUGAAUAAAAUUCUUUAUCGAACUCAACAAGAAAACGAAAUAAUUUUAACCAUCUUUUGGUCAUUUUAAUGCUCAUUGGAUGCUAGUAAGAAUGGUAAGAAUCACCACAAGAUUUCAAAAUGUCAAUUAUUAUAUGGCUACAAUAGUACCAGCGUUCUGAUUGGCUGCUAAGCUGGCAAAGUUUUCUUGUAAUGACCGGGAAUUAUUUGCAAGGUGUCCACGGCAUAUAUUAUCUGUGUUUAACCUGAUGGUGGAAAUCCAUGUUAUGAUCAGCUGACAGCUGUCAAAAAGGAUAUCUGCUGACCAGUGUCUCAUGACUAUAUCGCGGGCUCAAGUGUACAACUCAUUGAGAUGGCGUGCUCUUUUAAGUUAUCCAAUGGCCAGUUAUUAGUUUUAAUUGUUCGCAGGCUGAAUUACUUCCGGUGUCAUAAAUACCUGGAUUUUUGAAUACCGGGUUAGCAAAAGAAUCAACUCAUUAUACUACUUGGCCAUUUAAAACGAUAAAACUUCAUUCAAAGCCGAUUAAAUGCCCUUAUCUAACUCCGGGCAGUAAGUUACUAGUUACUAGAAGCAUUUCAACGAGUCCAAAUUUAAAAUGACGCAAAUUUUAGAACAUUUAUUCAGUACUCUGACUCCGUGAAGUUUCACACUCGUGUCAUUUCAGUCUAGAAAUUUUAAAGUUGAGUGAACUGCAGCGAAAAGGUGCCUGGUUAAGGCUUACAUAACAACGGAAAUAGUUAGAAUAGACAACAAACUGAAUAAAACAUACUACACAAAUCAUCACCUUCGUAUCUGCAAAAACCGGCCUUUUGGUUCAAAGCCAUUAGAGCCCGCUAAAACUAGACCUAGAUCCAAAUUUCCUGAGUCGAGAGUUGCUUUUCCAAGGUACAAUCAGCUAACCUAAACACCGAAGAAACGUUUUUAUGGCUGGCACAGAAUAUUUUAAGCGAAACGGCUCAGCCACGCGACCAGAUACCUAUCAAAACCAUGCGGAAAUCACACAAUCACACACUUUCGCGGCACUGAUAAGACUAUCCAUAACCACACAUAACACAAGCCAAAUAUCAUCGAAUAACUCAGAAAAACUCAGCCUAAUUGCAGAUUUACACCUCUGGACUUUUCUCUUACACUCAUCUUAUUCAAGAUCCGGGAUGUAGAGUCAUACGGUCUUUGCCAUAAGUCUUUGCCUAGUUUAAAGUUCACCGGGAAAAUUUUGCUCUCGCCUAAUUCACUUGACUCCUAAGAGCCUGUUCCCUAGGCCAAAGACUUAGUGGUCACCUUAGAAGAGCGAACAAUAUUGUACCUUUCUGUCUCAGCCCGGAUCAGGGUGAUUGAUCCGUUUAGCCAAAUGAAACGAGAACACAAUACUAUAUUGGACAACGCAGACUCUGCGAAUCGUAAUAACUUUGUCCCAUCUCAGAGCUUUACAUGAUGCUCUCCGGGAAACUUUUGUCAAGAUGACCAUUAACUAAACGUAAACCGCUAAAAGGCACCGAAGCUAGCUGGUCACUUGUCUUGAAAAGAGAAUUGUGGUUAGGGUGAAAAAAAAACAGAGGCAGGGAGUGAAUGAGGGAGGUAGAAAUUCGCGAAAUUCUGUCUACAGCCACAUCAACACAAAGCCCUAACCACAAAACGAAGAAAAAAAAUGACAUAAGCAAGCAACUCACGGUAAACAAGCUAUUAGACAGGGGAAGUUGAAAGAUAUUACAAAAUGAUUGCUAAACUGGUUUUCAAAACUACGGGUAGCUAUUUAUAACGCUAAAAAGGCCACAGAUAACUUAUUAACCUCGUCCGUUGGGUCAUUACAGGGAUUUCCAUGUAAUGCCCUGUAAUGACCUCGCUCUCGGUUAAUAAGUUCUAUUUAAUGAAUUCAUCAUUAGGGUCUAUAUGGUGGAACAUUUGACCCAUUUGACAAUGAAGCCUACAACUACCUAAAUCUGCAAGCUUUCAAGUUUAUUUAUGUUUUAAAUGCCAAACUAUUUUCCUGAGAAAAAUACAAUUAAUUCCACCAACCGAAUUUUGCUUUUUGUAGGCACAGAUACGUCCACGUUUGCUGGGUUUAGAGCUUGCAGUUGUUUGAAAGGAUUUCAUCGUACCCAUCUUUUUGAAGGCUGCAAACAGUGCAAGGAAGAAGGACUACAAUGUGUGGAUGACCAUGUUGAGCUGAAGAAGGGCUACUGGUGGAAAUGGGAGAAUUUGACCCACAAACAAUUUUAUGAAUCAUUUGCACGUAAUCUCUUGGAUUCAAGGAACUCUUCUUCAACUAAUGCUACCCUCAUCGAGUUCCCAUACACUGUUCCUACGCCGCACAAAUGCCCACAACAAGAGGCUUGCUAUGGCGGUUUCAAUUCUUCUUGUGCUGACGGCUAUCAAGGACCGCUGUGUGAGAUUUGUAGUGACCGCUACUAUAAACAGUUUCAAACUUGCAAAAAGUGUCCAACGAAGAAAUGGAUGAUCGGACAACUGUCGAUCGUGGUGACAGUUAUUCUGGUCAUUAUUUUUGUCAUAUUGUGGUCAAGUAAAAGGAAGCAAAAGAAGGAGAAAAAAGGAAGAUCCACAGUGGAUAUGAUACUUGGAAGGCUGAAAAUUGUCAUUGGCUUUUACCAAGUCACUGAUGGACUGUUAGAGACAUUUUCGUAUAUUAAAUGGCCAGAUUCUCUUUCUGUCAUUGGAAAAUAUUCGGAGAUGGUACAGCUUAAUGUAUUUCAGAUUGCCCCUCUUCACUGCAUCUUUCCUGAACUAAAGUUCAAUGCUUUUAAGAGCCUGUUUGCAAUCCUUGCAACGAAUGCCACAGCCAUCAUCGUUGCGAUUCUCAUUUAUUGUUUACGAAAGCUUCUACUCGAACGGAGUGCUUCCUCCAAAGAAGAAAAGUUGAGGAGAUCUUCUCAAACGAAAGAGCUAAUCUUGAGAAACCUGUUUUUCUUCCUGUACGUGACAUAUCUCAGUACCUGCUCCAAUACAGCUAGCGUGCUUCCCCCAACUUGCCGUCUGCUUUGUUCAGACGAAAAGAAAACCCACUGUCAAAAGUUUCUUAAGACUGACUACAGUAUCGACUGUGAGAGUACAGACUACAAUCGAUCAGUCAUCAUUGCCUACAUUGCAGUCGCUUACAUACUACUUCUUCCCACAGCAUCACUUAUAGCUCUCUGGAAAGCGCGAUUGACCGUUACAAGUCAGAAUGAAAUGGAAGACGAGCAACAAAAUCCUGAUAUCGAAGUGAAAAGCAGUGAAGUGACCACAGGCCUGCGAUUUCUUUUCGAAAACUACCAUCCGCGCUCGUGGUACUGGGAACUGGUAGACACAGUACGGAAGGUGGUCCUCACGUCAGGUCUGAUCCUGGUUGGUGGUGAAAGCAGGGCAUAUGUCGGACUGGCUUGCGUCAUGUCAGGACUCUACGGAAUAUUUUUUGCCUAUGUCAGCCCUAUAGUGGAUCCUUUCGAGAACAGACUAAUGCUGAUAUCUCUGGCUGUGACCUUUGUAAACUUGGGAAUAGGAGCUGUAAGUAAAAUUAACAGCGAGAACAUUCCAGCCUCAAUCGAUCCAUAUGUGGAUAACAUCAUGUUCAAGGUUCUGGUGUUUGGAGCAAAUUCUCUAGUAGUCGGUCUUCUCGUAGGUAAGUUGUGUGAACUACUUCGGUUAUUAAUUUACCCUUCAAUGGAAUCAUAUUCAUCCCCGGGUAUUGUUAUUAAUAACAUUAUAAUUAGGUAUGGGGAAUAAAUCUUACCCGGGACAAGCCCAAGACAGGCUGAAUAGGUACUCUGGAACCCGACUUACUUGUUGGGGUGGGCAGGUGAGUCACCAAUCACCGUUCGUGUAUAACAAAGUGAAGUGAACGGGACAAAAUGUACCAGUAUUUCCUAUUUUAUAUACUCACUGCCUAUCAUUAAUUAAUCCUCAGGGAUAUUUACAGUUCGAAUGGAACGUGAAUAGGAAAACUAAGGGCCUUUUGACAUGGAGGUGGGAGAGCCAUGAUAGGUGAGGUAACAUGUGGCGGGUCACCCCACCUAUCAUGUAAACGUGUUCAAAAUAAAAUGAGAGAUUUUAUGGACAGGCGGGCUACCUCACCUACCUGGGGUCCCCCACCUCCGUGUAAACAGGCCCUAAGCAACCACCACGACGAAAAAAAACGUCAACAACCUUGCCUACAUUUGACAAAUUGAGGGGGUCCGAACAGACGCGAUUAAGUUUGAAAGGACAUAAAUUAUUUUUCUUAGCAACGUCGUCACUGCCGUCGUCGUCGACUAGUCGUUGUUGCUUAAGCUCCCCAAUCACAAGUAGGGCGAUGCCAGCUCAGUACUUGCUGUUGGUUUUCGGCCAAAAUUUAGUUCACGGUGUAAAUCGGUUAAGCUUCAAUUGCCAUUCUAACUGUAAUUGUAUUACUGUAAUGCCUUAAUUGAGGUAGCAAUAGUUCUUACCUUAUUAUAGGAAAUAAACGCUCCAUGAAAUUGAGGUAUUGGAAAUUAACGCGACUUAAAUUAACGCGAAUUUAAUGGAAAACGACUUUCCAAUAAAGAAAAUUAACGCGAAAGAGGAGGUAGAAUUUCAUAAUAAAGGAAAUUAACGCGAUUACGACACAGCUGGUGGUGACAACUGGAACAAAUUUAUGUCAACACUGGAUGCAAAAACAUUCAAAACUGAACAAAACUGAGCUGACCACUUCUGACAGCGACAACGAUGAAGAUGAACACCUUCGCCUUAGCUUUUGUGAAAGAUGAAAAAUAAAGGGUAAAUGGAAACAAAGAAAGCUUGUAGUUAAUGU